GUUCCUCCCUUAGUCAAGCAGUCCUUAGCGUAUCCUUGGACCACUCACGAGACAGCCACAGGGCGGUUAAGCCGUUCUGCAACCUCAUCGCCGAGGUAUCGCGAGCUCCUUGGUUCGUCCAAGGCCCAUUCUGGAUCAGCAGACGGCGACUGUACAUGGGACCUACCAGACUGCUCAGCUCUUCCUGUGCUGUGGAGAAGACGUUGCAGUGCAGCUGCUCCUUUCAUGGGAUCCCCACACCCUCCGUGCAGUGGUGGCUGGACGGUGCUCCAGUGGACGCGAACAGUGGGCAUGGCAACCUCCAGGUGACCUCUACCACACUUGGCCCCUGGGACAACAGCACCCUUAGCCUACUCAAGAACCCAGAAAUGGGCACAGUCCUUCUCUGUGAGGGAAAGAACCAACAUGGAACCCAUGGUUUGAGCAUCCUACUGAUGUCAAGAAGGGGCCCUUUGGCUCCCCAGAUCUUCCUGAAAGCACUGCUCCAGGGUGUUGUCUAUGCAGCCAUGGCAACCACACUGCUUUUCCUCUGCCUCCUCCCCUUCAUAGUGAAACUCCUCAGGACGCAGCAGGCAAAGAAGUGUGCGCAGAUGGCUUCUAAGGCUGACACAGACCCAGAAUCCAGUGUGAAGCCCAUGGAGCCUAUGGAAUCCAGAACUGAGUCACCUGCUGGGACGCAGCUCUCAGAAAAGGAAGAUAGCCCGGAGCCAGCGAAGCCUGUGGAAACUGCAUCAUGUUCAAAGUUCCCAUUAUCCCCAGAACUGCAAAAACCCAUGGAGACCUCAGAAACCCCAGUUCCAUAAUAAACUUGAGGUCCUGUGAAUUUGAGUUCACAAAGCCCUCUCAGCCUUCACACAGCCCUUCACAUACUCCAAGGCGUGGAGACUACCACUGAGCCUGGGCUCAGGACUCUUAAAGGUCACCUGCAUGAUUUGUUGUUUGGAUGAGCCAAAAGAUACAUGUCUCGCUUGGAGGUGGAGUCACAGGAGAGAAAAAUGAAGUGGACAUGGCA